CCAGCUGGUGUGAACCCUGUCCCUUUAAUUCUCCUCCUGAUGGAGUGUAACAUGACUCCAGCUUCUUCUCUGCUCUGAGCUGCAGGAUGUGCUGACGUGUCGGCUUGUCAGGCACUGUUUGCUAACCUGGCACAAUGACUGCACUCACUUCACAUUUUAAGCUUUUUAUUCUAUUUAUCUGCAUUUGGUUUUCACGAGCGUCGCUACAUCGGCGGUUCUCUGACUUUAAAAGAUGUGCUGAUGACGAAUGUAGCAUGCUUCUUUGUCGGGGGAAAGCCUCACAGGACUUCACUGGUCCAGACUGCCGUUUUCUGUCCUUCAAAAAAGGAGAGACUAUAUAUGUGUACUAUAAACUCUCGGGACAGAGGUCAGAUGUCUGGGCUGGAAGUGUUGGUAACAGCUUUGGCUAUUUCCCAAAGGACUUUCUGAACAUUAAUCACAUAUAUACAGAAAAAGAAAUAGAAGUAUCUGCUGAGGAAACUGACUUCGUCUGCUUUGACACUGGACUAGAUAAAUUUGAAAGCUAUGACAUUGAUGUGCUGCUAAGAAACUCAUUGGUAAAAGAGGUUCAUGAACCAAGCGAUAAAACAGAAGAAGUGGCUCUCAGUGAGGAUGCUGUUAAGGAUGGAGAGACAGAAGAAACUAGCAGGGAUAUUGUAAAUUCUGACUCAUUGCAUACAGGAAGUGAAGAUGAACACACAGUUGACACAGAAGAUGACGGUGAUUUGCAAGAUUCUGAAACUGCUCAACUGCCAUUGGAAACAACAGCUUCAUAUGAAGAGGAUAAAGACAGCUAUGUUGUCAGUGACACUGGUGAAGGUAUUAAAAAGAGAGCUGAUGGUGUCUCUGAUCUGGAGCAAGCAAUGGACAAAGACAUGCCAGAUAAACCUUCACCUAAUGAUGCAGGAGUUUUAGAGAAAAGUGACCAUACAACACAGGUAGAAGCCUUUUCCGAAUUAAAAACUAGUUUAGGCACAACUUUUGAUGCUGUUACCUCAGAUGAUGAAAACACACGGAAAGUAACCCCCUAUGAUGAUGAUGAUGAAGAUCAGAGCAACGACAUAGUUGAGCAACCAAGUGAAGCAGAAGAGGAACAUGUUAAAGAGCCUUCACUGCUUACUUUUGAAGAGAAGCCCCGUUAUUUUGAGGACAAGGUUCCUGAAGCAACCAAGUCAGAAGAUAAACACGUUCCAUUUCAGAAAGAAGAAAUGGCUCUCAGUGAGGAUGCUGUUAAGGAUGGAGAGACAGAAGAAACUAGCAGGGACAUUGUAAAUUCUGACUCACUGCAUACAGAAAGUAAAGCUGAACACACAGUUGACACAGAAGAUGACGGUGAUUUGAGAGAUUCUGAAACUGCUCAACUUCCACUGGAAACAACAGCUUCAUAUGAAAAGGAGAAAGACAGUUCUGUUGUUAAAAAGAGAGCUGAUGGUGUCUCUGAUCUGGAGCAAGCAAUGGACGAAGACCUGCCAGAUAAACCUUCACCUAAUGAUGCAGGAGUUUUAGAGAAAAGUGACCAUACAACACAGGUAGAAGCCUUUUCCGAAUUAAAAACUAGUUUAGGCACAACUUUUGAUGCUGUUACCUCGGAUGAUGAAAACACACAGAAAGUAACCCCCUAUGAUGAUGAUGAUGAAGAUCAGAGCAAUGACUUAGUUGAGCAACCAAGUGAAGCAGAAGAGGAACGUGUUAAAGAGCCUUCACUGCUUACUUUUGAAGAGAAGCCCCGUUAUCUUGAGGACAAGGUUCCUGAAGCAACCAAGUCAGAAGAUAAAGAUGUUCCACUUCAGCCUCCUGCCUCAGUUGAGGCGACGAAGGAUGACAGCAUGUGGUCUACUUUAGGGGACACAGUUUUUAAAAUUGUGAGUGGAGGUGAGAGGACUGAUUUACCUGAAGAUGAUGACGACGAUGAAGAGGAUGACACUCAUGCUAAAACAACUGAAAAAGAUUCAGAUGAGCUUCAGACCAUUUUGGUUCAUGACUCAGAAACAAAUGAAGUAGCAGAGGAAAUGAAACCCUCCAUUAACGACUCUGUGAUGGAUUCAUUAAAUGACAAUAAAUAUGCUGAAGUACAGGAACAAAACGCUGAUGUAUUAAAACAUGAUAAAGAAUUAGAAGAGAUUAAGGGGAAGUCUUUACAUCUGGAUGAGACCCUUAUUGAUGCUGUUGAAUCUGAAUAUGAUCCUCCAGCGUCACCGUUAGAAGAUGUAAAGCUAGUGUUAGACAAACCCAAUGAAUCCUUUGCAGAAAAAAAUAUUUUGAAGCCAAACCCCAGUGAAACAGAGUCACACAAAUCUGAGGCUCUGUUCAAGGAAGAUGCUCACAGUGUACCUGAGCUGGAGAAACAGACAGAUGAACAAAUAGACAGAGUUAAAAAUGAGAUCAUCAAUUUAUUUGAAGAGACACUUAAAACAGAAAAAAGUGAACCUGACACUGAUGAGGAGGAAGAGGAUCUUGUGGAGCUACUAGAGGAUGAAAAUGCUGUAUUAUCCGCUAAAAGUGAGCUCACUGAUAAAGCUGAGGAGAUACUAGAGGAUGAAAAUGCUGUUUUAUCCACUAAAAGUGAGCUCACUGAUGAAGCUGAGGAGAUACUAGAGGAUGAAAAUGCUUUAUUAUCCACUAAAAGUGAGCUCACUGAUGAAACUGAGGAGACACUAGAGGAUGAAAAUGCUUUAUUAUCCACUAAAAGUGAGCUCACUGAUGAAGCUGAGGAGCUGGAAGAAUCCACUGAAAACACCAACCUUGAGUCUCAAAUAGAAAAAAAUGAAUUAGUCACUCCUAAACAGCCACAUGACGACUCGCCCAAACAAACAAAUAAGAACAUGUCAGAACAGAUAAAUCAUGAUGGGAAGACUGGCAUGGAAACGUUGCUGGACAUCUCAGUCUCCUCACCUGAUAAUGAAAAUGAAAAUGAAAAGUCUGUUGAGAGUAAUGGUGUAGAUGAAAUUCGGAAGGAUUCUGCCCUCAGUGAAGAGCCUAAGUACAGUGACAAUGUGCUGAGACUCACACUUUUGAGAGACCACUUUAAGGACGAUGAGAUAGAACGCAUUUUGCGGCACCUUACUAUUAAAGACCUUUACGAAAUUGAAGCGAUGUUCACCGAGUUGGAUCAUCAGCUGAACUCUGCCAGGCAGUCUCACUCACACAACAGUGAGGCCCUAGAGCAUGCGCUGGAGAGUAUCGUAGAGGUUUCCGAAAAUGCCAUACUUGAUGAGAUUGACAGAAUGCUGGAUGCUCAAGAGCAGAGGGCACUGGACCUUGGACAGCAGAUCGACCAAGUCAUGAUUGAUGAGCAAGCUGCUGUUUUGGAUGACUUUCAGGAGUUUGCUUUUUAUCUGCAUCAGAAAUACAGUACCAGCGUCCCAUCAGUACAGGAGAGCCAGUCUCGCUUUGAAGCGGCAGAGAAUGUGUCUGAAGAGGUGGAAAAUCCAGUGGAAACCAUCCCACUGACCGAGGCAGCUGAAGCUCCGGAGGUUCAUCAAGAAGCCAGUGAACUGUUCAUUGUGAAAGGUCAGGACGGUGAAGCGCAUGGCCAGGACGUGGGCCGUGGAGAAGAUGGUGGACAUUUCAAUAAAAAUGAAGACAUUCAAGCAGCGUUUCAAGACACAGCAGAGAUUCAGAGAGGACCACAAGCUAUUCUGGAGAAUCCUCUCGACAUAUUAGGAUUUGAAAUUGAUCCGUCUUCAGAUUCAUUGGACUCUUCACGGGCCUCUGAUUUCUCUGACAAUAACGCAAACUAUGACCAAGCAAGCACUUCAGCCUCGGCUCAGGCCUGGGACUUCCUUCUUCUUGCAUCUGAAUUUCUUGGAGUGUAUGCAGAAAUUCUGAUGGCUGCUUUGCCUGAGGAAUGGCAGCCGGGUCCUACGUUCCACGGGUUGCCCUGGAAGCCGGUGGUCGCUACAGCCGCGGUGGGAGUUCUCACUGUGCUAGUGUUCAUGUGGAGGACCGUUCUUGCGGUCAAAAACAGGAUGUAUCUCUUGACUGAAAAGCAACUUGCAGAAAGAAUUCAGCAGCUUGUCAGUGAGAAAUCUGAUGUCCUCCACAAAGUAACCGAGCUGAACAAUGCGAUCAAGCAAUAUGAGGAAAAGCUGAAUAAUUCAGAAGAGUCACGAUCUUCUCUACAGAAGGAGUUUAAUGAACUCAAGACGCAUUACCAGGAUCUCAACAACCAGAAGGAGAAACUGUCUGUUAAUUUUGCUCAUCUCUGUGAGAAAAUCGCAAACACACAGGAAGAGAACAAAACUCUGAAUGAGAAGAUAUCCACAAUGCAUCAAGGAAUUAAGAAGUAUCAGAAAACCCUAAAGGUGUAUGAUGAAGAGCGCUCAAAGGUUCAGGUCCUCGUGGAUGAAGCUAAACUCAGAGAAGAUGCCUUGAAAGCUCAGGUGCUGUCAUUUGAAAAGGACAAUUGUGCCUUAAAAGAACAGAAGAAAUCUCUGUUGCAAGAUGCCAAAGACUGGCAAGAGAAGCAUGAAAAGCUGAGUGAGGAAAUCAAAGUUUACCAUAAAAAACAUACAGAGCUGGAGAAUGCCCUUGUGCACAAAGAAAACGAAAUUGAUGUUCUGUCUGGAUGCAUUGCUGAACUGAAGAGCCUCGAGUCGUGUAAUGAUACAGAGCUGGAGAAUGACAAGAACGGUGAUCCACUGAAGUUGCACAUCAAACAGAUGAUGGAUGUCUCGAGGAUCAAGGCGACUCUUUCAGUCAUUGAGGAUGAGCGGAAUCGCUGGUUUGAAAACUUCAUGGCUGAACAGAAAGCAAGACAGGAACUUGAAGAGAAAUUUCAGAAGGUCAUUCACGACCAAACAAAUCUGAAAAAUGAGAAAACCCAUCUGGAAAACCAGUACAAGAACCUUCAACAGAGACUAGAAAUUACAACUGAAUUGUACCACCAGAAAGAAAAUAUCUUACACCAGAAGCUGACUCAGGAAGAACUGGAGCGCCAUGAAAAGGAAAGCAAGCUGUCUGAGGUGGAUGGCCGAGCCUUGCAGGCUGAAGAGGAACUGAACCGCCUCAGGCAGAAAGUCAAAGACAUGCAGGAAGAACUGCAGCAAAAUGAGAGAUCUCUUAAGGCAGAGAUUGCUGUUCAGGAAAAGAAAGCCCAUGAGAACUGGUUAAAAGCCCGUGCUUCUGAACGAGCCUUGAUAGAAGAGAGGAGAGAAUGUGCUAAUCUGCGUCAGAAGAUUGUGGAGUGUAGUGACAAAAUGUCCGAUUUAGAGCACACGCUGUACAAGUCAGGUCCUCCAGACCGUCACAUGCCUCCUCUACAGAGAGCGGGGGAUUCAUACGGACCUUCUCCUGUGAGCGGCGGUGCUCCUUCUCCACCUUUAAUGAUAGAAGAUCCUGGACGUCCUCCAUCUGGUCCUGUGGGACGAAGGAGUGAGCCUUUCGGGCCACGAAUGCUUCUGGAUGGUCAUGGCCGUUCCGCUGACCUUGGACAUCCACUGCCAUUUCGGCCAGAACUGUCUGCCCCCCGCACCUCAUCUCCUUGCACACAGGAUGGAUCUCAAAUAGCUCCAGUAGAUGCAAAGGCUGAGGUCACAAUGCAGGCCUCCACUGAUCCUCCAGAGGCAAUCUCCAAGUCCCAGAGACAGGGAUCAUUUCUCCCAUCUCCUAUCAGGGACUCUCCUGUCCCAGCUUCAAAUGCUCUUCCAAAGGUUUAUGGCCCCCAACCAAUGGGUGGAGCACUUCCUCCAGUGAUGCGACCCCCCAACGGCCAUUCCCCCAUGAUUCCUCCUGGGCCUCCUUUUGGACCUGACACUUGUUACAGGCCACCGCACAUGGACUCCUACAGACCUCCUUUUCCUUUGCGCCCAUAUGGACCCAUCCCUCCACCUUUUGUGCAUGGGCCACCUCUGAGAGACUUCCCAUCCAUGGGUCCACAUCCACCACCGCAUGGCGUACAUGACUUCCCACCUAAUUUUGCCGGGCCUCAAGAUUUGCCUUUCCCACCCCGGGCCUUCCCAUCUGGGCCUCUGCCACCCCCUGGCGCCAUGGUUCCACCUGCAGCUGGUGCCCAUGGACCAGCUCCACCUACACCUCUGCAGCCUCGGGAUGGCCCAGAGAUGCCGCAUGCCACAGAUGUACCACCCGAGCAGAGGGUUGCACAUGAUGCUCCUACACCUACAGUAACAGAACCAUGAACAAUUAAUAAUCUUGAACCAAUAAACAGUUGCACCGUGCUCAGUGCUGGACUUGAUGGCGUUCUGUUAAUUUCCUAUGCUUAACAUUUCAAAAUGCAUACAUAUAAUUUCCACAUUUUUUUAACUUUAAAGAAAGAAAGAGUUUCCCACACUCACUCCAGGCUCUUGCGCAGGAAUCUUAGAUGUGGAGCUUUCUGUAGGUCUGUGUUUAAAAAAAAAAAAGACAACAAAAAAAAAACACCUUUACUAUGGAAAUUUUCAGAAGUUAUGAGGGUGUUUAAACAAAUUUAGCUGUGUUGUUUCUGAAUUAAUGACCACUGCUUAACCCAUACAGAUGUUUCUUAGUGAACUGUGAGAUUUUAGAUUUUUAGAGAUUGAACUAUUGUGCUCUUUAACAUGAAUUAAGAGAGAGCGGAGUAUUAUUUGUUUGGCCAAAGGAUUAAGACCUACAGGCUGUUUUACCCCAAUAAUGAACAAAUGCUUCGCUGAUAUUUUGCUUUUUGCUGAGAAAUGCAUGAACAAUUGACACAUUUAAAUUUAAAUCAAAAUUCAUUGAAUAGUUAAAUCACCACAUGAUGCUCAUCCAGUCCUUUAUUUAGCGUGUUUUUAUGAUUUCUUUUCCUAGCGAAAAGACCCACUUGCUGUCAUAUUGACAAACUAUUUGUGCAUUUCCCUUCUUCUGUGUACAAUAAAAUGAUCAUGAAUCAAAUGAACAGAAAUGCAGUACAGUAUGCAGUAGAACUGAUAUCAGUGUGCCAGUGAUGGGAACUGUUCACUAGAGCAAUAAUGUAAAAUUUCAUUUACUACAUCUAUUUUUUUAGCUUUUAUACUUUGCCUGCUGGUACAAGGUUAACUGUUUAACCAUUGAAGUGGAGCUAAAAGUAGUUAACCUUUUGCAUCAUACAUGGUUUCUUGAAAGCUGGAGUUAGUUAUUGUAGAUUGGUUAUUUUUCCUGCAAAACCAUUAACUAACAAUGCUCACAUAGUCGUUGAUUUCAUGUCCUGCAGGAGAUGAUAUCUUCUCUAAUCUUAGCUCAUCCUAAAGGAUUCUGAAUUUUUAAGAUACCUCAUUAAUGAACAAAUGCUACAUUAAAUGAGUUCUCUCUGUC